CUCAGCGUUACUGAUCACACAGUCCUUCCCAUCCACUUCACCCAACAUGUCUUCUGAGCAGCAGCAGCAGCAGCAGCAGCCGGCGUCGCCCUCGCGCAAGGGCUUCUUUGGCCUUGGCAAAAAGGACGGCGCAAAGACGCCGCGGCACGAGGUGGCCCAGACGCCCAUUCUCGAGCACGGCAACCCGCUCGAAAAGGCAAACAUCCCCACCGAGGCGCGCAACCAGCAAAUCGUCGGUGUCGCCGGCACUGACGUCGAGGGCGACCACUCCAAGAUCCUCCUCGCCCUCGACGGCACCGACGCCGGCGACAAGGCGUUCAAGUACCUGCUCCAGAGCAAAGUUCUCUCCAAGGAGGCCCACGUCUUUGUCGCCACUGUCCUCCCCGCCCAGGUCCUCUCUGGCCCCUGGGUUGCCGGCCCCCUCUCCAUCGACACAAAGAAGCAGAAUGAGCUGCUCAAGGCGCUCCGCCAGCAGGCCCUCGAGAAGCUCGAGCCAUACCGCGAGCAGCUGCGCCAGGCCGGCUACCAGUGCACGCUCCACGUGCUCCACGGCGAUGCGCGCCAGUCCCUCGUCCGUGUGGCCGUGUACCACAAGGUGGACCUCGUCCUGACGGGCAAGCGCACAAAGAAGGGCUUCACCGGCCUCACCUCGGGCACCACGUCGAGCCACCUCGUCCACCACUCGCCGUGCCCCGUCCUCGUCAUCAGGUAGAGCAUUCCUCUUCCCGUCCCUUUCUUUCGCAAAUACCUGUCGUGCAUCUCUUUCUCUCGCUCGCUCGUGGAACCCCACAUAGAUGGCCCUGGCUCGGAGCAGCACACGCCGCCUUCUCAGUCUCAGUCUCAAUAAAUGUCAGAAUGAAUGCAAAUUAGAGAAGCG